CAUCCUUUAAUUAGUAUAAUUAAGCUUUAAAGAAGAAAAAAAUGAUGGGUUCCAAGGCAUUUAUAUUUCUUUGCCUUUUUGUGGCUAUUUGUGCAAUCAUAAGCUCUGAGGUUGUAGCUAGAGAGUUAGCGGAGACUUCAUUGGAAUCAGAUAACAAGAAUGAUGAACACACUGACGGACGCGGCGGAUAUAACGGAUAUAAACCCCCACAUGACGAAUACAACAAUGGAUAUAAACCUCCUGGUGGCGGAUAUAAGCCUCCUGGUAGCGGAUAUAAGCCUCCAGGUGGCGGGUAUAAGCCUCCGAGUCGUGGAUAUAAGCCUCCAGGUGGUGGAUAUAAGCCUCCACAUGGUGAAUAUAAGCCUCCAGGUGGUGGAUAUAAACUCCCACAUGGUGAAUAUAAGCCUCCACAUGGUGGAUAUAAACCUCCAGAUGGCGGAUACAACCCUUCACAUGACGAAUACAAACCACCCAGUGACGGACAUCACCCCCCAGGUGGUGGUGGUGGCGGACAUCACCCCCCACAUGGUGGAUAUAACCCUCCAGGUUUGAGGCCAUGAUUAAGUGACUAGCCAAUUGCCUCACAACAAAGCAUCAUGUGUACUAUUAUAAAACUAUGGUAUACGUACGUAGUGGCAAGAUUAGUACCAGUAAUAUAAUAGUCUUGUUGCUUUUAGACCAGAUUGUUGUAUCAAUAGUAUGAAUAAAACGCAUGAUAUGAAUUGUUGGUCAUAUAAUAUUUUGUUGUACAAUAUAUUAUGUGAUGAAUAUAUUUUCAUAAUGUACGUUUCUUCUUAUUUCA